AUGCCGGAGAAGACGAGCGAAGAGGCAUACCAGGCCGCGAGCGACCUCUUCGCUGUCGACCCGGAAAUUUGCAUCGCGCAAGCGAAAAAGAACCUCCAGGCCUUCUACAUAUCAUCGUACUGGAUCAUCGAGAACUCUCUCCUAAUUGCCUGCGCCGAGGACAAUUGGGAGGAGGCAGAAUAUUGGCGUUUGUUCGCGGAGGACAUGUACGAGAGAACAUUGUUUCAGGCAAGAUACCAAAACGACACAGGCUUGCUAGAGAUGCUAGCCUUAGUUCGCGAGGAGCUAGAUGAAGGUGAAGAAAAGCUCAUCGAUUCUCCUACUGGUAUGACUGAUGCGGAGAGAGCUGGGAUGGCACAUACAGACGAAGAUGAGGAGAAGAGCGAGGACGAAGACGAGGACGAAGAUGAGGAGGAGAAUGAGGAGAAGCCUAUGAAGCCUCUUCUUGGUAUGACUGAUCUGGAGAGAAAUGAGGUGGAGGAGAAAGACAAAGGCAAGGAGAAAGCGCAGGAGGAGGAAGUUGCAGAGGAAAAUGAGAAGGCUGAGAUUGGAGCUGUGGUGCCUGAACACAAGGACACACUUAAGCCUCCUCGCGCACUCCCGCUGCGGUCCAAGGGAGGCGCUGCCAAUGCUCACGAGUUCACCAAAUCGCUGGGAAUGUCGGGCGGCAAGACGCUCUUCGCGGAGUGGAAGGCGUAG